AUGCCCUCCGACAUAACGGUCCCUGACAAUUCGGACGAUGAUACCACACCUACGCUCCCCAAGUCCGCAACAGCCAUCUUUAUCAACCCAAUACCAACCCUCCUUCCCCGCUCAGCAACCACAAUCUUCACUGUCCCCGCACAAUCCGUUGCCGCCGCUCCCAAAGCGCUCCUAUCGACACUCUUUGAAGGGCUCAAACAUGCUGCUAAGGCAGUCGUUGGGCGGCGCAAGAAGGUAGAGAAGCCAGCAACGAGUCAGACUACGGAGGAAGCGAAGGAAGAGUGCGAGGAGAAUAUUGACGAGUGGGAGGAGGUGGAUGGGGAUCAUGUGAGGGACGACAUGCGGAAGGAUCAAUUGAGGUUGAGGUGGCAGCGGGAGCACAACGUGCUGCUAGGGACUGGAGGCGAGGAUGAGCACAAGGAUAAGGGUCAUGAUCCUGAGCCAGGCGUUUCUCGGCGUCGGAGGCGUGUUAGGCAUUGGGACAGCGAGUCUGAAGAUGAGGGUGAGGUGAUUGAGGUUGUCUAG